CCCGUGGCUAACCAUUCCAGUAUAGCUUGUCAACCUUCUGCAGCCUCCUCUGCUCUGUUCUGCGUCGAUCCUGCGAAAUAGCCUAGGUAGUAGCAGCAAGCCUCGCCAGCACUUUCUCCCUUUCCCUCUUCGUUCACAAUGUCUUCACCUCUCCUCCGCCGUUCCCUCCAGACUCUGUCCAGCAGAUCCGCCACAAUGUCCUCGACUCCAGCACAACGACUACAGGCCGUCCAACGGCAAUUCAGCGUUUCCACGCGACGACCGAAAGAAAUCCAAGACGCCUAUAUUCUUUCCGCGGUCCGAACGCCAACUGCACUCUUCAAUGGCUCUUUCUCGUCCGUCUCUGCACCUGAACUAGGCGCGACAGCAAUCAAGGAAGCCUUGAAACGAUCCGAUGUCCCCGCCGAAAAGAUCACGUCCGUAUACAUGGGCAACGUUAUGCAGGCUGCUGUCGGCCAAGCACCCGCUCGUCAAGCCACCAUAUUCGCUGGCUUGUCACCUUCGGUAGAAGCAACAACGAUCAACAAAGUGUGCGCUUCGGGACUGAAAGCUGUGUCGAUCGCAGCGCAGCAAAUUGAGCUGGGGCAAGAGGAGGCUGUUGUCGCAGGUGGAAUGGAGAACAUGUCAAGAGUACCAUACUAUACUGCUCGAGGACCACAAUUACCGGCUUUUGGAAAUGUCACGGCUGAGGAUGGCUUGAUUAAGGACGGAUUGUGGGAUGUUUACAAUCAGAUUCACAUGGGCAACUGCGCGGAAAACACGGCGAAGAAAUAUGAAAUUAGCCGGGAACAGCAGGACGAGUAUGCGAUCGAGAGCUUUAAGCGGGCAGGUGAGGCGUGGAAGGCGGGGCUCUUCAAGGAUGAGGUCGUGCCGGUGACAGUGAAGGGCAAGAAGGGCGAUACUGUGAUCUCAGAAGAUGAGGGAUACGGGAGGUUAAAGCUGGACAAGGUUGCUACUCUGAAGCCAGCAUUUGAUCGCAGUGGUAAGGGAACUGUUACUGCGGCAAACAGCUCAAGUAUGAACGAUGGAGCUUCAGCGUUGAUCGUGGCAAACAAGGAGCUGGCGAAGCAAUACGGCAAGGGGAAGAGAGUGCUUGCGAAGAUUGUGGCAUACGCAGACGCCGCUGUGGACCCCAUCGAUUUCCCAAUUGCCCCUGCGAAGGUCGUUCCGAUUGUGCUCGAGCGCGCCGGUAUCACGAAAGAGCAGGUCAAGGUGUGGGAGUUCAACGAGGCUUUCGCGGCGGUGAUUAAGGCGAAUGCUAAGAUUCUUGGACUCGGUUCCGAUAAUGUCAAUCCUCGCGGUGGUGCCAUCUCGCUCGGCCACGCACUCGGCAGCUCCGGAUCAAGAAUCAUGGUCACCUUGCUGCACCAGCUGAAGAAGGGCGAGUACGGUUGCGCAGCCAUUUGCAACGGUGGAGGAGCGGCUAGCGCCAUGGUCGUCCAGAUAGUCGAUGCAGAUGAGCUGUAGUUGACUUUCGCAGAUAGUGUCAGCCAUGUAUAACGAAGCUAUGCCUUGAAUGCCAUCGUUGAGACCCAG